AUGCGCGUUGAAAUCUUUUUGUUGAUAAUGUCAAGCUUCAGUGAAAAAUUUAAAGAAUCAAAUACUACCGUUGCUGUACCUACGACAACAUAUCCAGCACCAUCAGAACGAUUCACUAGUCAUUACUCUUCAGUAGAUGCCGGAGUGUCAUCUGAAGGGGGGGUGAAAGAUUUAUCUUUCAAGACUAUCGGAUACACAGAAUAUGCUGAGAAUCUUGAAUUGAUGAAAGAAUCACUAUUCAACGAUAGCGAAUCAAAACCAAGUAUAAUCACCGAUAAACAUUUUGAUGGACAAGCCAAAAUUGAUCAAUUGAAACAAGAAAUACAAAGUUUAAAAAACCAAGAUCCAAAAUAUACUAAGAUUGUUCAAGAGACAGAAAACAUUUCUAAUAAUAAUGGUCAACUCGAUGUAUUAUUGUCUUCCAAACAAGAUUUGGGUGGAUUAGGUAAUCAAAUACUCCAAGAUUAUAAAGAUUCUACCAACAAUGAGAUAUUCAUAAACCCACAAACUUACAAACAAGGUGUAAAGAAUAUAAAUGAUAAUGUUACCCAAAUACUGGAUGUUCAAAAUUUGGACGAGACCCCUUAUUUAAGUAAUCAGAGUACAAGUUUACCAUCAUUCGUAGAUCCGGUAGCUGAUUCUAUGAGUAGCAGUUUCAUCACCACUUCUGAUCCUUCAGCAUUCUCUCAAGAGAUCCAAAUGACUGAUUAG